UGACGAUGACGACGGUGGGUUGUUGGGCUUCUUCUCGUAAUGCCCCUGCAGUUGACAAAAUUAAAGACAAAUCUAUCGUUGAACCCUCUUUUUUGGAUUGUCGACUUGACCGGGAGAAGAGAAUGUCGGAUUCCGAAUCGGCCUGACGGAGAGGGAUGGCGGCAGCGGCGAUAUGAGGCUAAGUUCGGAAGAAGAUUCAUCGUUCACGUCAUGGAUUUGUUCCACCACGCACAACAAAAUCGAGCUCGGCCUCUGAAUUAAUCGGAUCAUUGAAGGCUCCUGGACUUCCUGCCGCCUCCAAAAAGAAGAGGAAGAAGAUGAAGGGUUGG